AUGGCUGUGACGUAUCACGUAUUCAGGGUGUUCCAGCAGAAUUUCGUUGUCGACCGCCGAUUCCAGCUAAUCAAGGGGCUGGGACAGGGAGCCUACGGAAUUGUGUGCUCGGCCAAGUACAUCGAGGCUGGCGACGAGGGAGGGCACGUGGCCAUCAAGAAGGUGACCAACAUUUUCAGCAAGAAGAUCCUGUGCAAAAGAGCGCUGCGAGAAAUCAAGCUCCUGCGCCAUUUCAGGGGCCACAAGAACAUCACUUGCUUGUACGACCUGGACAUCGUGCCGGAUCCCAACGGCAACUUCAACGAGAUAUAUCUGUACGAGGAGCUCAUGGAGUGCGACAUGCACCAAAUCAUCCGCUCCAACCAGCCUCUGACCGACUCGCACUACCAAUCGUUCGUCUAUCAGAUCCUGUGCGGACUCAAAUAUAUCCACUCGGCGGACGUGCUCCACAGGGACCUGAAGCCGGGCAAUUUACUGGUCAACGCGGACUGUGAGCUCAAGAUCUGUGACUUUGGACUUGCGAGAGGCUACUCGAAUGACCCAGAGAAGAACCAGGGCUUUCUGACCGAGUACGUGGCCACGAGGUGGUACCGUGCGCCAGAAAUUAUUUUGAGCUUCCAGGGCUACACCAAGGCCAUCGACAUGUGGUCUGUGGGGUGUAUCUUGGCGGAACUACUAGGCGGGUCUACCAUAUUUAAGGGCAAGGACUACGUUGACCAGCUCAACGAGAUCCUCAAGGUGCUAGGCACCCCGAACGAGCAUACCAUGCAGAGCAUCAAGUCGUCCAGAGCACAGGCGUACGUGCGCUCGUUGCCGUAUAUGCCCAAGGUGCCGUUUGAGAACUUCUUUCCGCACGCCAACCCGUUGGCGAUCGACCUGCUCAACCGCAUGCUGACGCUAAACCCUGAGGACAGAAUCACCGUGGAGGACGCGCUGCAACACCCGUACUUGGAGGUGUGGCACGACCCGAACGACGAGCCGGUCUGCGCGGCCAAAUUCGACUUCUCGUUCGAGGAAACAGACGACAUUAACGAGAUGAAGCAGAUGAUCAUCGAGGAGACCCGCUCGUUCAGAGAAUACGUGAGAAGACCGCUCGAGGAGCAGACGAUAGUAAGCGAGCAGUACGGCGCGACGGGCGCCUACGAGAUGGACCAGCCGCAGCAGCAGCCGCAGCUGAAGACGCCGUUCGAGGGCCAGGUGGCCGAUUACGAGCUGCCCCCAAAACCGCAGGAGAUGCUCUACGACGAGAACAUCGACCUCGAAAGAGAACUGGCGUACGGGCUGGACGGCUACAACUUCCAGUACCAGUGA